CUCAACGUGGCAUGGGAAAACCAUGCAACCAAAUUUAACUGUCCGACACUUGCCACGUGGCCCAUCGGUUCGGUGAAUUCCCAGGUAAUGAGAGAAGAUAUAUCUAUGGUCAUAAGAUGCAAGCUGCUGCUAGCUAGCCUGCGAACCUGAAAAUCUCAACGACGACAAUGGCGAAGGCAAAGCGAGAUAAACCACCUCCACAACCGCCGGCGGCUUACGCAACCGCCACGUCACCGUUAUCAAGAAGCCUUUCCAUUUCCACAUCACAUUCUCCACCACCGCCGCCGCCGUGGGAAGUUCUAGCUCUAGUCUCCCGCCACCUGGACCCCAAAACCCUAGCCAUCGCCUCGUGCGUCUCGAGGACAUGGCGGGCCGCCACGUCAUCCGACCACCUCUGGCGGCCCAUCGCAACCGCCCGCUUCCCUUCCCUCGCCGCCGCCCUCAAAACCGUCCACCCUUCCCUCCCUUACCGCCGCCUCUACGCCCUCGCCCACUCCGCCGCCACCUCCACCCGCCGCCUCAAGCCCCUCCCCAAACCUUCCAUCUCCCUCGACGACCUCGUCUUCUCAAUCGACCUCUCCGGCACAAGCCACCACAAGCAUCAAGACAACGACGUCGUCCUGCUCAGCAUGGCAGGGGUUGUGGAUGAAAUCGCGACGAUUGACCCCGGCGGUGUAUUUCGUUUCGACGUGGGAGCUGCGAGCGGAGUCGUACUCGAUGCGGACGACGAGGUGAGGGUGAUGUGGCACGUGGUGCUGAGGAGCGGUUGGACGGCGGCGUUCACGUUGAUGGACGUGGUUGUGAAGGUGAGGCCAGAGGCGGCGGCGGGGGAAGUACGAGGUUUGUUCUCGCAGGAACUUCCCCCGCCGGGGUGCUGUCCCUUCGGCGGUGGGACUAGCGGGCUUGCCGCGGAUUUGAAGAUCGAGUUUGCGGAUUGUUGGAGAGGAGAUGAUAACAGAAGGAAAGUACUGAGGGUUGAGAAACUGAGCUUCGGGCUGCUCAGCACAGUCGAUUGGAGGUACGUUAGUGUCGAAGACGGGCUUAGGUACUUGCAACACUUUUUGUUGGACACUAGAUUUAGUUAACUAAUUAUGGAAUUAAUCAAAGCUCAUAGGGGUAAUAUCCGUCUUUGGCGGGUGAUUACAUGAUAAUCGUUGUACUAGAAAUGUGUUUUG